UCCUGCACAGCACUUGAACGUUGACUGGCAGCACGUGGGUGAUGGUUGCUACAAAGUUACACCCUAUAGUGGCCAGAAUGGGAACUUUUUCAAAACAUCCAUCCAUCUAAAAAGGAAAGUAUCAAAGUUAUCAGAUGUAUUUUAGUAUGUAGUGGCAUACGUUGUUGAUCGUCGAAUGUUGAGAAUAAACACCCGAACGCAUUUUUUGUGGGCGGAAACCUCCUGUACGCUUGAUGUUGCAUUCACCAAACAACAUACCAUCCAAAAUGUGACGUUGUACUGUACGCUAGCAUUUGGCGUAGUCUUCUACGCACGAUAGUAGCUUUCACUCAAAUGACAUUUAAAUGCCUACACUGUACAGCACUGUAUAUCGGUACUCAAAAUGUACGAAGAGUAACAUUGUUUCCAUGUACUUUGUAACAAACCGCGCUUGAGUUGACUCUGCUUUGCAACCUCAUUGUUAUUUGUACCCGAAUCUAAUUUGCCCCGACGUUUUUGACACGCAUUUGAAAUGAACGAGGAAAAAGACUUUUUGCAGAAAAUAAGGCUGGGGUUUGAAGAACUCUGUCGAGCUUUAAAUAUGGACGUGGAGGCGAGCAACGAAGCAUGGAGGAGUUACGAAAGCAUAAGCAAAAAAUACACAUUAGAGGGCAGUGACCUACACUGGCUGGCCUGUGCCAUCUAUGUGGCCUGUAGAACACCAGUACCAACAGUGGAUAGGGGUACUGCAGAGGGAAACUACGUCUCUCUUACCCGAAUACUCCGCUGUUCAGAACAAAGCCUCAUUGAGUUCUUCAACAAGAUAAAGAAAUGGCAGGAUAUGGCCAGUGUUCCUCAGGACUUCCGUCAGAGCACGGAGAAGCUAGAGAGAAAUUUCACAGUUUCCGCCGUCAUCUUCAAGAAAUACGUCCCCAUCUUCAAAGCCAUCUUUAAGGCGCCCUCGGAUGAACCGCACAGAGUCCACAGGAGCAACAAACAGAGACGCCAUCCCUGCACCGUUGCUGAAGUGUUCAACUUCUGCUGGAUUCUGUUUGUCCACGCUAAAGGAAACUUCCCUAUGAUCAGUGAUGACCUGGUGAACUCGUACCAUCUCCUUCUGUGUGCUCUGGACCUGGUCUUCUCCAACGCCCUGCUCUGUAAUACCAGGAAGGAGCUGCUCAACCCCAACUUCAAAGGCCUUCCUGAUGACUUCAGCAGUAAGCACUACAAGCCCACUGCAGGGCCUUACUGCUUCAUAGAGCAGCUGUGUGAACUGCAUGAUGGCCUGGUGCUGGAGGCCAAAGGGGUGAAGGAACACUUCUGGAAACCCUUCAUUAAUAGGCUCUUCCAUAAGAAGAUUCUCAAAGGGAAAGAAGAGAGCUUGACUGGCUUCUUAGAUCCUAUGAAUUUUGGAGACAGUUCUGUGUCCAUGGGCCGUGUGUAUGAGGAGCAUGUUCUGGCCACUGGAGGUCUGGAUGAUAGGAUAUUUUUGGGAGAGGGGGGCAAUGAAGACAUUGGCACCACAGGCCCCUGUCUCUGUGAGGGGGGGGAGAACCAGGACGCCUCAGCAUACAGACUCUACAGCAGUCAGACUGCCUCAGUCCUGAAGGUGUCCACUCCCUUUACGGAUCUUAAUUAUGUCCAGGACAACAGUCUGUGUACGCCGGUCUCUACUGCCAUGCAGAGUGUUGGUCGACUACACAGCCUGCUCAAUGGACUGAAGCGCGGCCCCAGUCGGAGACUCACAGACUUACUGAGGGCGUGUGCCAGAGACCCCAGUGAGGUCAUCUCCACUAGGCUGAAGGACAUGUGUCAGCUCUUCUGCCAGCACUAUGAGGGCAACGGGGAAGCGAACACAGGACUGGGGAAAGACAUCACGGUGUACUUCUGCCUGGCGGAGGCGCUCUACUAUAAAAUCCUGGAGGCCGUCAUUGACCAGGAGAAGAAGAGACUGGGCAACUUGGAUCUCUCUGGUAUUCUGGAGCAGGAUGUGUUCCAGCGCUCUCUGCUGGCCUGCUGUCUGGAGAUUGUCAUCUUCUCCUACCGACCCCCAGGGGACUUCCCACGAAUCAUACACAUUUUCCAGCUCCCUGCAUACCACUUUUAUAAGGUGAUCGAGGUGCUGGUGCGGGUGGAGCAGGGUCUGUUCAGGAAGGUGGUGAAGCAUCUGAACCAGGUGGAGGAGCAGGUUCUGGAGAGCCUGGCCUGGAGGGGGGGAUCCCCGCUGUGGGACAGCGUCAGGGGGGCCAAGAACCAACCGCCCUCCUGCCAGGAGGUGAUGCCAUCACAGCAUCUGGAAGAUGGGGACGGAUCCGCCCCUCUCACCCCCAACAACCAUGGCACUGACCUGGGCGCCAACCGUGGUGGGAAAGGUGUGUCCACCACCACCAUGUUGGACCGCUACAGCUGCCCCACCACGGGCUCGGCCAGGAGACGGCUGUUUGUGGAUGUGUCCUGCGACGCCCCCUCGGACCCCUCCACCACCACCCCUACUACCAACCUCAGGACCUCCCAGGCCAUCCCUGCUGGACAGACGGUGGUCACCAUGGCAACGGCCAAAGUUACCGCUAACAACGGACAGACGGUCACCAUACCUGUGCAAGGAAUAGCCAAUGAGAACGGAGGCAUCACCUUCUUCCCUGUCAAGGUCAGUGUGACGGGACAAGGUACGGCCACGCUCCAGCCCCUGUCUGCCCAGUCCCUGACUGGCACUUUGACCAGCCAACCACAGACCACCACCACCCUGAACAGUCCCACUCUACAGGGCAGCCACGCCGCCGGCAAGCCAAUCAAGAAGCCGGCAGCCCAGGGCCCGUCCAAUAACGGGCCUCAGAAAAAGAGUUCCCUCUCGCUGUUCUUCCGCAAGGUGUACCACCUGGCCAGUGUGCGUCUCAGAGACAUGUGUGCCAAGCUGGACAUCUCUAGUGAGCUGCGGAGGAAGAUCUGGACGUGUUUCGAGUACUCUUUGGUGCACUACACAGAGCUCAUGAUGGACCGACACCUAGACCAGCUCCUCAUGUGUGCUGUGUACGUCAUGACCAAGGUGACCAAAGAGGACAAGUCCUUCCAGAACAUCAUGAAGUGUUACCGCUCUCAGCCCCAGGCCAGCAGCAGCGUCUACAGGAGUGUGUUGAUCUCUGGGAGGAAGAGACGUCACUCAGGAAGCAGUGAGGGAAAUGGACAGAGCUCUCCUACACAGACCAGCCAUGAGGGAAGUGGAGACAGCAGCCCCGUACCCAUGCGUUCCACCAGCACCCUACCCACCCCUCAGCCUGGCAGCACCCCAUCCACCCCCACCCUGGCCCCCUCCACCUUCCUCUCCUCAUCCCUCCCUCCCUCCCAGGAGCAGGAAAAGGAGGGGGGAGUGGUGGGGGAGGAGGAGCGAGGAGACCUCAUACACUUCUACAACCGGGUCUACAUCAAACAGAUGCGCCACUUUGCCCUGCGCUACUCGCCCAGCUCAUCCUCUGCAGGGCUAGAGUCUCCUCCCCUGUGCCUGUACCCCUCCCUGAGGACCAGCUCCCCUCGCAGGGUCCUCCUGUCCCACAACCACUCCAUCUAUAUCUCUCCCCAUAAGGCUAGUGACAUCCCCCCCACCGCUACCGCACAGGACAAGAUAUUCUACUACAUCUGCAGCGGCCCAGCCAACCGCCUGGCGGAGAUCAACAGUAUGAUCCGCACCGGGGAGACGCCCACCAAGAAGCGCAGCAUGCAGCUGGAGGAGGAGCCGUCCCCCAAGAGGUUGUGUCCGAACAACCAGACAGCCCUCUUCCGCAGGCUACAAGACGUGGCCAACCAUUGUAGCUCCUCCCACUAAGGUUGAAAACACCCCCUUCAGAACACACCACUGGCUGAAGUCGGUAGUCACCAUACUAGACUGCCAUGUUAGAAACAAAUAAACUGGCAACAUCAUCAAUAUCAAAAUUGAUGAGGAUACAUUUGUUUUUCAUAAAGGAUAAGAUCUUCUAGUCUAAGGUUAGUAUGAUGGUUUAAGUUCAGAGUUAGCCUGAACUAUUGGUGGUUGGUAGUUAAACAUCAGAUUUUAGGUUACUUCCGUCUGUUCUAGCAUGGCCAGAUUGUGAGUCCCUUAACACCAUAUUUUUCUAUAUACACCGAGUGCACAAAAUAUUAGGAAUACCUUCCUAAUGUUGAGUUGCUCCCCCCAUUUUGCCCUCAAAACAGUCUCAAUUCGUUGGGGCAUGGA